GACAAAGAGUUGCCAUGGAUGGUGAGUGGCUGCCUGCAGUGGUGGAGGUGACGGGACUGCUCCAGGACCCAGCUUUCCAUGUAGCCAAGUGCGCAGCAGAGGUGCCAGGAAUUAUGCCAGUGCAGGACGGGUGUGGUGCAAUCACUGGACUUAGUGAGGCUUUGGCUCAGGUGGCACUGAAGCUGAAGUUUCCAAGCAAGUUUGCAGAUCCUGUAGUACAUCCUUUAUUAGAAUUUGCAUGGAAUGAAUAUUUACAGGAGAAGAAGAAGGAGCUGAGAGGUGAGGUGUGGGGAUAUGCCUCCCACGUGAUGUGCUUUGUUAAUGGAUGGCUGCUGGGUGAUGAGAAGGACUUGCUCGAGUGGGCCUAUUGCAAAUGGGGCUACUGUGAUUUUAAGCCUGAGGCCCUUUACCAAGCAAUCACUGAAGAUUUCUACACCAAACACCUGAAGAGCAGCCAGGCAAGUAAUGUGGUUUUACAAGAAGAGUGCAAGCACAUGUUUGUGUAUUUGGACAUAGCCAUUGAGGAGCAGCCCAUCGGGACACUUCUAUUUGAGCUCUUUUCUGAUGUAUGCCCCAAAACCUGUGAGAAUUUCCGUGCUCUGUGCGAAGGAGGAGUGAUGUCUCCCAGCAGCGGCCAAGAGCUCACUUACAAAAAUUCCUGUUUUCAUCGGCUCGUAAAACCCGUGUGGAUCCAAGGAGGAGGUGCAUUUCCAAACGUUCUGAACAUAACUGGGAAAGGAGAUGGAGGAGAGUCAAUUUAUGGUCCCACAUUUGAAGAUGAAAACUAUGCCAUCCCUCACAAGGGAAGAGGAGUCCUUGGGAUGGCUAAUAAGGGCCGCCACAGCAACGGCUCUCAGUUCUACAUCACCCUCCAGCCGGUUCCCUACCUGGAUAAAAAAUGCGUGGCCUUUGGGCAACUGAUUGAGGGCACAGAGGUUCUCCAGCGACUGGAAACCGUACCGACGCAUAAUGAAAGGCCCAGAGUGGUCUGCAAAGUGACGAACUGUGGGACCUUCCAGCCAUGAUCACCAACUGGUUUGCAGCAAGGUAGAGCACUGAUUUCUGCUCUGCUUUUUACAGACCUCGAUGGCUUUCAUGUAAGAUAAAAUAAACACUUCUUGCAAGUGCGAA